AUGAGCAACGAGGAGACCGUCGCAUCCCCUCCGGUUGCUCCGACGAGCGAUGGGCAACAUACCGUCAGCCGCCGUCAAAGCUGCAGCUCGGAGAACUCGCAGACUGCGAAAGAAUUCAUCGAAUCUCAGAUGCGCCUCGAGGCAGAUGCCCGUGAAGUCCUCCCAUAUUCAUUUGAUUCGUGUACACAACAUCUAGGACCGCUACGGCAGACACUAUAUGCUUGUUUGACCUGCAAUCCUCCCCCCCCGACUCCUGAUUCACCCUACACUGCUGCCGGCGUCUGCUAUUCCUGCUCAAUAUCCUGCCAUGGCGAACAUACCCUUGUCGAACUUUUCAACAAAAGAAACUUUGUGUGCGACUGCGGAACCACUCGUAUCACUUCCUCCACCCCGUGCACUCUGCGUAGCGAUCCCAAUACUGGCACAAAGGGGGUUCGGUCGGAGAAGCCACACCCUGGCAAUCGAUACAAUAGGAACUUCCAGAACAAGUUUUGCGGCUGUGGUGAAGACUACAACGCACAUGAAGAGAAGGGUACAAUGUUUCAGUGCCUUGGGUUGGGGACGACAGAGACUGGUGGUUGUGGUGAAGACUGGUGGCACCCUGAGUGUCUUAUCGGGCUCCCACGAGACUGGUACAAGAAUUCAAUCAGGAAGGAGAAGCUAGAUAACGAUGACUCGAACGAACAAGCUGAAGACGAAGAUGAGCCGCCUCUGCCUCCCCAAUUUCCUGCCGAGGAUGAUUUCGAGACCUUCAUAUGCUACAAGUGUGUCGAGGCCAACCCUUGGUUGAAACAGUACGCCGGCACACCAGGAUUCCUGCCUCCAGUAUUCAAAGAAGGCGGACUGCAAAAGACCGUCAAGAAAGAAGACUCCCCCGCUCCAAAAUCCCUCCAUAUCCAAUCCGACGACCAGCCUAGCGAUAACCCGAACAAACGGAAGGCAGAAGAUGACGCCGAAGACGGCGAUGGCAGCGGGCCCUCCUCAAAGCGACCCAGAGAGGAAAACCAAUCUCAAACCACAGCUCCAACUUCGGAAACCAAGUCAGAACAAGAACAACAAGAACAAAGCCAGAAACCCAAGCACGCCUUCCUCCCCCAAACCACCCCAACAGCUACCUUCUCCCUUUUCCUCAAAGAAGACUUCCGCGGCCACUUUUGCCGCUGCCCGACCUGCUAUCCCAACCUUGCACCACAUCCGCAACUCCGCGAAGAAGAAGAAACAUACGAGCCCCCUCUCUCUGAAGAUGGCGACGGCGACAGAAGUACAGGUACAGGUAGCCUUCUUGACCGUGGGGAAGCGGCGCUCAGCAAUAUUGACCGCGUGCGUGCCAUAGAGGGGGCAAUGGUCUAUAAUCACCUGCGCGAAAAGGUGAAGGAGUUUCUGAAGCCGUUUGCGGAGAGCGGGACGGCUGUUGGCGCUGAUGAUAUCAAAGCUUAUUUUGAGAAGCUGAGGGGUGACGAGCAGCAAAUCAAGGAUGCUGCGGCGGCGGGAAAGGCCUCUGCAGAUGGGGGAGGGAAUGAAGACGAUAAAGACGAAAGUGGGGAUGGGGUUGGGAGACGAGAACAGAGUGGCGUUUAG